CCUUUGCAUUGAAUGCGGUUGAAUGAUAUCAUCAGUCUUGUGGUCGCUGGUCGUAUCAUGACGUCGACAAGUUCGAACUGGAAUAUUUAUCACCCGUCUCGGAGUCGUCACCUCUUCCUUCGUACACGAUGCCUCAGACCUAAUCUAAUAGAUCUGUCGGUUCUGACUACAGCCUGUCCAAUUCCCUGGUUUUUCUUGUAAGUAUUCAGAUACCCAGCCAGCAAUCCGGACAACGACAUCGCGGCCUCUAAGUUAAGACCGCCCAUUCUACCUAGACUCCCCCCAUACUCGGUCACCAGCAACAGCUCCUUAGAAAUACCAGAAAGCCUUCUUUUCACAAACCCAAUCGCCCAGAAGACUGCAGAGCGAGAAACAAAUAACGGCCAUCUUCAACCUCCACGUCACCGUCAAAUCAUGGCCUCCACCUCCUACCGAGAUCGAGAUCCAGGCUUCUCAACCUACAAAUCCGUGCUCGAAACCCUCACUACCCCAUCGCCGGCACACAUCCCUCUCUCCCUGCCCGUAUCCCCUGCCAGACCACACAUCCCGUCACACAACAUCUCCUCGCUACAAGUCCAUCCCGUCAUCGAGUCCGCCCUACAUCUUCUCAACCUCGACCUACCCUCUGCACAUUUCCUCUUACGCCACAUGCAGGCCAAGCCCGCGUGGGAAGCCAUGUAUCUACACGGCAUCCUCCACCGGCUCGAAGGGGACCUUGACAACGCCCGUGCCUGGUACCGAGACGUCAAGAAUGCCGAGGUGUUCCAGGCCGUCUGGGGAGAGAGAGACGGAGACACAGACAGAAACAACGGCGUCGACGCGUUCAACAAAGCAUCCUCGUUCCUGGAUCAAGUCGAAUCCUACAAAUCCACCCUCCUGUCACCACCACCAUCAUACUCCAGCAAAGGCACAGGUACAGGCGCAAGCAGAGACAGCGGCCCUUCGAACUCGAAAUCAUCUCCCACCACGUACACGCAGCAUUCAAAAUCAACCUCCACCUCCACCUCAACCACAUCCGGCUCUGGUUCCGGUACCGGUUCAACAUUACCCGCCGAGAUUCGCGAUACCUCACUCGCCGAGCUCAGCCGAUUCCUACAAUUUUGCGAACGCAAAUUCGGCACCGACCCUGUCACCGACGCUUCGAGCUUCUGGACCAGCAUGGCGGACAAACACAAAGACCAAGCCGCGCUGAUGAUCACGGGCGGCGAAGGGUGGAGAGUAUUUUGAGACCGAACUGAGACUCGCCCGUCCGUCGGCUCUUCUCUUCUCACUCACGGGCCUGACCAUGAAAUCACAGCUUCUCGCUCAGCGAAAUACAAGAAGCAAGACGGAGGAAGACAAUCGGAGAAGCAUUAAAGAGGGAUUAUAUGGUCGAGACAGUUCCCCGGUAAAAGCAGCAUCUGUCAAACACAGGCCGGGGUCCCGGAGCUAGUUGCAACAUUUCCGCCCAGUGCUCAUGACACCGAAGCCUGCAUUCCAAGACAAUGAAGCCGGUUGCCCACGAAGUGAAGUCAGCAGUCGAGGUGCUUGGGGCAGGUCCUGGUGGACACGACGGCAACCGCUGACAUGCACCGGUUGUAGUGAAGUCCUGUAAAAAGCGGAUGAGAUGCUUGAAUGAUCUUCGUGUUUAUGCAAGCGGGCGAUGUAUGGAAGAAAUUGCUGUAGAACAGGAUCAUCCACCCUUUCUAUGUGAGCAAGGAAAAUGAACAGGAGCUCUUCAGCCUGCCAAUACCGGAAGGACUGAAGUCAACGACCGCCAGAGACCAAAAAAUCAAGCAAUGAGCGACUUGGAUCUUGUGAAGAAUAACUAUUAUUACUUCAGUAAAGUACUAAACUACCAAUCGUCUGUUCUCUGUCAAGGCUG